CGCUGUUCGAAUGGUCUUAUUGCGCCGUCGACCUCUGAGACGAGCGUACCUUGUUUUCUUCGACGCCGCCAGUUGUUCCUUUCGCCAAUCAAAAACUUAUGUUGCUUGCAUGUGCCAGUUCAAGUUAUUUCAAGUCGAAGCUUGAACCAUCUUUGUUUUAUAGGGUACUUUUUCUUUAUCGUCCCAGUUGGCCAUUUGCUAGCCUUUUAACGCACCUUCAGCGGCUCACUCGACUUAAGAAGAAGAACGGAAAAACAAAACAAAACAAAACAAAAAGUAUAGAGAAACGAAAGCGAACAAAUAGUGUUGAUUUAUUUGACUGACGAUGGUGUCUUAUUUCACGUUAAUUGUUACCUACUAUUGCCGGAACUGCCGUCCAUCAAACUGAUUUGUGAACGGGCCAUUUCGUGUCAAAUUUUUGCGGGGAAAGCUGCACUUGACGUCUGCUCAUCGCAGAAAAGCACGGCUCCACGCUGGACGCAUUUCAUCCGCUCAUCACGUGUAGGUGAAUCGCCAUCAGAAGAGUGAAAAGCAUUCGAGUAAAAAUGUCAGGCCUCGCAAACCUCAUCGAAGGGAAUGUGUUAUGGGAAAACUUUAGAGUACAAUUAUAACUCGAAGGCAUUUUUACGUAAAAUUGUUAUUGUUACUUUUUUGCCUUUUCCCUAUUUGGUGUGUGUGACUGUGUGUUUUUCAUUUUCACAAAGAGUUUGCUGAUUUCUUGACUGCAUGGCAUAUACAUCUUAGGCAAAAUUGUGUGCAUUUGUACAAUGUCUAGGAGUCCACGAACCCGAGUGACUCCUCCUCCUUCCAACACCCGCCUCUGUCCCUCCUCCUCCAAUAUCCACCCGCUUUUCAUCCCCCUUUCCUCCUCCUUUUUCAUCUCGUCUCUCCUUUCUCAAGCCAUGUAUAUUUUGCUUGUUCUCCUUUUUAUUUUGUACACAGUAAAGCUAGAUCUUCUAACUCUCCAAUACAACCACCCCUCACCCACCCCACCCACCAUGGCCUUUAGAAACAAAGAAAACGUUACGUAAGAUCUACCGACGUGCUGUGUACAAUGGUUUUGUGAGAUGAAAUAAAGAACAGCAGAAAAUAGACAUUGACAAAACAAAACAAAAAUAAUAAAUACACAUAUAAAUCAUCAUUUACUACAGUCAGAAAAUGAAUGACCACUACGAUAGGGGAUGGUUGUUGUGCUAGGUACAUUUUCGUUAAUUAGUGAGUUGGAUUCGAAUGGUGACGGUAGGCAAGGCGAAUCAUUUUUCUUAUAGAACGAGAAUAAGAGGGUGUAUACUGUGGGGAAGAACGGAGCAAGGGUGCGCAAGGAAGGACCGCCUCUCUCGGACGGAACGGUUGACGCAUCGGUUAUUCAGUUCCCUCAGUGUUACGUCAGAGGUCUAGCGAGUCGGCCACCCGCGCGUACCGGAACAUUAUACAUAUACUGUAGCUACAGAGCUGCUGCAGAGCUUGCCGUAUAUGCAACUCUUUUGCAGACCAUCACAGUACUACCGAAACUUUGACAGAACGAAGGUGUCCCAGGCCUUGGGUUUUCAAGUCUGCAUUUAUCAUUAUUUUGUCCUUUUUGCGUCUUUACAUCGACGCUCGUGCAUCGCAUCACGCCCUGACCGUCUUAAUCGGCAUGUCAUUCUACCUCGGACUUAACUUGUAAACAUUUAUCUCGUCACACAAGGCUGACUGUUUUACAUUCAAUGUGCUUCGAGCCAGCCUAAAGAAGACAAGGGCUUUUCUUUUUUUAAAUUCGCCCCCACCGUUGUGGCUUCAAGCUGGUGUUUUCGCAGUUUGGCCACAACGUAACACUUACGAAGGGAAUAAGAGCCGCAAUAUGGUGACUGAGAGUCAUUCACAUCAGCAUUCUCAGCAGAUCCAGCACCAGCACGCACAGCGCAACGGGCGCUAUUUGCAGCAGACGCCAUCACACCAUCAAGACGCUCACGAGGAACGCGCUAUGGUAAUUCAACAGCACCCGGCUUCCAUUCCGAUGUCUGGCGAGCCGCCACGCAACGGUUCGUCUGCAAACUCCCAGCAGCACGCCAAUAGCGUUUCGCAUCUCAACGCCGCCAUGGAGGAAAGAGCGGUGGCUCUUCAAGCCGCGGCCGCCGUUGCCGCCGCCGUCACCGGAUUUAAUUCCGCCAAUUUGUCGGUCGGUAUGGACUUGUCCGGUCUCGUCCCAGUAGGUCUCAUGAAUCACUUGCAGCACAACAAUGAGCAGCAGCAACAUAACUCGCCAAACAACAACAACAACAACAACAGCAACAGCAACCAGCAGAGGAAACAGCGCGAGUUCAUUCCGGAUAAUAAAAAAGACGACAGCUACUGGGAUCGGCGGAGGCGCAACAACGAGGCGGCUAAACGUUCACGCGAGAAGCGUCGUCUCAACGACAUGGUACUGGAGAGUCGCGUCCUGGAAUUGACCAAGGAUAAUCACAUCCUUCGCGCCCAGCUAUCGGCCGUUCGCGACAAAUACGGAAUCAACCCAGAUGCUCUCGUUUCGAUUGACCAAGUUCUGGCCACUUUGCCGUCUCCUGAUCAGGUCCUUAGUCUACCACGCCCUCGUUCUCGCCUCCUGUCCGGCAUGAGUCCGUCUUUGGGUUCCGGUCGCGGUGGCGGAUCGGUCUCGCCGUCGCCCAGCAAUCGCAGCCUCUCACCGCCCAUGUCACAGCAGUCACAAAUGCAUUCGCACCAGCCACAUCACCAGCCGAAUCAACAUCAGCAACAGAGGCAGUCCGUUCUGAUGUCGAUGAACCGGGCACACAGGUCUCCUAGUCCGGUAGCGGUAGGACCAGGACAGGGUUCGGGUUCGGCAUCUAUGCAGCAGCAGCAUUCGUACGCCAGCGGCCAUCACCAUCAGCAGCAUCACCAGCACGGCUUUCGCUAUCAACCUGCCGGAGAGUUGGCUGGAACGGGCGGCAAUCACGCGUAUCAGCAUCAGCAGCAGCAUCAACAUGCACAGCAUUCUCAGCCAAUUAAAACUCAACAAAGAGUACUAGAGAGGUCUCUGCCGCCUCUUCCAGCACUGACUCCUGUGCCCGUCAUUUCUCCCAAUCACCAGCUGGAGAUGGGAGGGUCAUCAGUGGAAGGAGCUCACCAGCACCCUCUUCCAGGAGCGGAUAGGGUUGGUUCGAAUGGCAACGUAGCACCAGUUGCGGCUUUCUUCGACCUGUGUUCAUCGUCAAGCAGCAGCAGUUCGAGCAGUUCUAGCAGCCACCCGGGCUCAAGUAGCGGUGACGACGGAAGCCAUUCUCCGAUUGAUCCGGCCGUGGCAGCCGGCCGUGUACUGCCGCUCAAACUACGCCACAAAACCCACCUGGGUGAAAGGGACGUAGCGGCCGCCACCGCUUCGGCUGCCGCUGUUCUGCUGACACUCAACGAGAUCAAACACGAGCCGGAAGGGAUCGAAGACAGUCCUUCGGCAGUCGACUCGGCAGUUGACAGCGUUUCUGCUGAAAUGAACAACAACAGUAUGAGUGACCAUCACAGCCAAGUUCAUCACCAUGGCCUGCAUCACCAUGCCAACCACCUCAGCCACCACCAUCAUCAACAACAGCCACAACAGCAAUCGCACCAGAACGCCCAACAACAUCAACAACUGCAGCAUCCACAUCACCAGCAUCACCUAAACAGUAGCGGACGGCGUUCGACCGAGUCGAGCGAUGAUCGCGAUUCGGGAAUCUCAUCAGGUGGAGAUUGGUCGUUGUCGCGCAGUUCGUCACGGUUUAGUAGCAGCAGCAGUGGCAGCAAUGCCAGUGUCAGCGCAAUCGGCAGCAACAACGGCAACAUUGUUGGCCAUUUGUACCACGCACAUCAUCAACAUCAGCCAGCGUCGAAGAGAAUGAGGAUGAGCCCCAAUUCUCCUGUUGUGGACCACCAACAUCAAAAUGAGCACCCGCACAUGCAACAUCAGCAGGCGGUGCAGAGGCGCUUCACCGCUGCCCGAGCUAGCCAACAACAACAGCAACAAGUGAUGAACAAUCAAGAGGUAGACGAGGAGGAGAAUGACCCGGCUUCUGGCAUCGUUCAUGAAAGAUUGGUAUUGGUCGGUGGCAACGAGUCUUCGGAUGAGAAUAACGACGAACUUCGUUCCCAUAUUGCUCGAUUGGCCUCCGAAUUGGAGUCUCUCAAAACGAUGAUGCUCGGUGGUGGCGGCACCUCGGCAGCUGGAUCGGCGUCGACCAUUCGGAACUGUAAAAGCAGCAGUACCAACUUUCGGCUUCAUUGAGCCACCAAUCACAUUUUAUCAAUAAUGUACAAACAAACAUAAAAGAGAAACUUAGAAAACACGAAAGGAAAAAAAAACAAAACAAGAAAACAAAUAUGCCGACCUAGUCGUUAUUUUGCAGUAAAAACCCUUUCAAUUCAUAAAAAAGAAAAAAAAAAAAAGCUAGAAAAAAAAGCCGGUUGACAUAGAAGCGACUUCCUAUUCGAGGAUUUCUCUCUUCACGCAUCAUACAUUCAUAUCCAUGCUGUUGAUUAUUUCCGGUUUUUUUAUGUACUCAUGAAAGUAUAUAGUUUUAAACAUGAUCCACCAGGUACACAAUCGCGGUUUCAUCCACGUACCACCAGGUUGAGUUGCCCUCUUGCGCAUUAUAAUUUACGACUCUUACCGUGCUUUCGUGUUUGACUCAUCGGUCAAAAAGAGAAAAAUUUGGUUCCAGAAAAGCUUCUUGUACUCUAAUGAAUACGUGAUCGAUUGAGUUUUCUGCCUGAUUCUGCCAAACUGGACUACUUUCAUCCACCCCUCCCUUCCUCAUGAAAACUAAUAAAAUCAACAGUUUAAAAAAUUGUCAAAAAGAAAAAGAAAAAUAACGAUGUAAAAACACAAGAGCGUAAACAAAUAAGAACGUACAAUGUAAAGGUUCGUUCUAUAAACUUCCCUGCAUGUCUAUAUACAUACAAAUUUUCGCAUUGCAUAUGAUCUUGUUACCCCUUGAUUGAACCGUUUUGACCUACUCGUCUAGUUGUUCUAACUUUCAUUUUUAAAUCGAUGUAUUUGUUACAAAAAUUUAAUUUUCACACUUAUACACACACGUUAUUAGCUAAAGGAAUAAACUGCACAUGUAUCGAGUAUUUCGACUUAGCAUUGCUUCGACGGCACAGCUGCGGAAGCCAUUGCGUUUUUUGUGAAUUGCUCAAAUUGUUCUCUUUUCACGGCAGCACCGUGAAAAAAAAAAAAAAGAAGAAAAAAAAAAAAACGAAAAAAAAAAAAAAAAAAAAAAAAAAAAAAAAAAAAAGGUGGAAAUGAGGGACUACACAAACAAAAAAGAAAUUUUAUUUUGCCUGGAAAACCACCCGCUUUGGGAUCCUGGAUAAAACAUAAUUUCUAACCGUUAUUCGUUUAUAAUUUCGCUUGUAUUUUCAUAGACUGUAUCAUGAUUCAUGUUUUUGCGCUUCGAUACUCCAUGCAUAUAUAUUUUUAUUAGAUUUGUCCAGUCGUUAUCACCUCCCUUGCCCCCUUCCACGUGCUUUAAGGAUAUCAUUUGCCAUGAUUUAUGUUAAUCGCGUUUCUUUUUCUUGUUGUAAAUUGUUGUUGUUACCACAUGCGUGCAAUUCGGUCUUACAUACAUAUAUCUGCCGUUUCUGUUGAUCAUCGGGUUGUUCUGCUUAAGAACCUGCUUUGCUCGAGGUGAUCCACGUUAUGUCAUUUUACGGUGAUGUUAUAUUUGCCCACUUCGCCUUGUCUCUGGUCGUGUAGAACCGUGAAGUGUAAUUCAAGUUAACUGUCGAAUUUCAGCCAUCUAAGUGACCAAGAAGAGGCUGGCAAUGUUAACUACGGGAUGCAGUGUCCGCGCGGAAGCUGCGAAUUUAUCGUUUUCUUUCAAAUCUCUGUCCCAUCUUCUGCACUGUUCAAAAUGUGAAAACGAUACCGGUUUGUGAGGAAGAGUGCAUGGUGUUCUGAUUGUGCUAUCCUGUACCCUAAGUAUGUAUCGAGAAGAUGGCGACGAGUUUCUGAGUGGUUUUUCUGCGAUAAUCUGGGGUGUUGAUACGCCUGUCUGUGAAGGUGUAAAUUUAUCCACAUAUAUAGACAAAGACACAACAUCAGAUGAAUGCGCGUCGUCCCACACACAAUUGUGCAGGCUGUAAGUAGGCCUAUGUUUCCCUUGGUAUGGAAAAAAAAAGUGUGAUGGCACUCCACUAUGUGACAGAAAGGGAUUUUUUUGUGUACAACUCUGAUAAUUUCAAAAAAAAACAAACAAAACAAACAUGAUAAUGACAAGACGAUUUAGCUUUGUUGUAAACUAUUGAGUCUAAAUGUACAAUAAACCAUAUUACAUUGGUUA